CGCCCCCGCGCAGCCCGCGGCGCCGCCUCCCGGGAGCCGCUCGGGUUUCGCGGAGCCGGAGCCGCCGCCGCCGCUACCGCCGCGCCCGGGACAUGGCCCCGCUGCGCCCCUGGCUGCUCCGCUGCGCCCUGCUCUGCGCCCUCGCCCUGCGCCCCGGCCGGGCAGGCGAGUGCUCGGAGCUGGAGACUUGUGAGAAGUGCCUCGAAGGAGCUCCCUCCCACAACAUCACGGACUGCGCGUGGCUGCACUGCAGAGAAGCCAAGGGGCCAGGGACCGGGAGCUGCGUGAAGAAAGGGGAGCCGGCCAAGGAGAAGUGCUCCAUCUACAACGUCACCGCGAUGUGUCAAGCACCGAAAUCUCCCACCGAGAAGCCUCGGCCAGUCUCCACCAAGGAGCCAGCGAUACACACGCCAGGGACGACGACAGCCCCCCCGCUGACGGGCACCCCCACCUUCCGCCCGCCUGGCUUUGACACGGCCAGCUUCAUCGGGGGCAUCGUGCUGGUGCUGAGCGUCCAGGCUGUCAUCUUCUUCGUCAUCAAGUUCCUCAAGUCCAAGGACAGCACCUACCAGACGCUAGAGGAGAACCAGUAGGUGCUGCCGCCUGCGCCAGGAGACAGGCCGCCCCCACCCGCCCCGAGACCCCUGCCCCUCUCUGUGUGCUCUUCCCGGGGGGGGGCUGGGGUGCUGUUUGCUGUUCUGGACUUGCUGUUCCCUUGCCCCGAGCUGGGGGGAGGCAGGGGCCACGCUGCCCACCCCGGGGCCCCAGGCUGGUCGUGCUGCACUGCCCAGCCAGCCUGGCCGCCUCUGCCCCCAAACACAGCGAGGAGCCGCUCUGUAGACACAGGCUGCCACCCCGUCCAAGCAUCCUCCGUUCGCCGCCGCAUGCCCAGGCACUAGGCAAGCCGUGCGCUUCCCCCUGGGCUUCUCCAGGGCUCUCUUGCCUCGGUGAGGGCAUCCUGGAGCUGCCGAGGUGCAGGAGACGUGGGGUGGGGGUGUUGUCUGUGGCUGCUGUGGGCUGCGUGCCCCCCGCGUGUCGGCUCCCCGAGAGGUGCCGGUGUGAAGCCGGCUGGGGCUCGAGCUGGGCUGGGUCCUGCCCGGGGCAGGGGCUGCUCCAUGGCACCGCGGUGAUGGCUUAGCCAGGCCCUAGAUCCUGGUAACACCCAGAAGCCCCCCCCCCCCCCCCCCCCCCCCCAAAGUCAGGCGCUUUGCAGACCUGGAGCCAGGCUCGGUCCAUCCCGGUGUCUGCCCCGCAGCCGGGGAGCUGAGACCCUGAGUCAGCUUGGCUGGGGGGAGAGAGGGCAGUGCCAUCAUAAAAGCUUGGCCUGCCACGCACUGGAGCCUGGGACUGCACUGGCAGCUCCUGGGUGCCCCCUAGCCCCAUCUCCCCCCGGGGGGACGCACUCCAGGCUCAUGAAACCUCCUUCCCCGGACGGGCGCUAUCAGGGUGCCGAAGCUGCCUGGCCGGGACCUCCCACCCCACCGCUGAGCCCCGGGGAGAGCCCCACAGCAAGGUGCCAGCGCCGUGGAAGGAGAUCGCUGCAAUGCAGCAGCCUCCGCGCCCUGCCGGCGGCAUCGCCUCCAGCCUCCAUGGGGUGCGGCAGCUGCCUCGCGUCGGCCUCUUCCAGAGUAGCUUAGCAACUGGUGCCUGGAGCCCCGGGCGACUGCAUGGGCCUGUGCGAUGCAUCCUGGGUCCUGCCCCUCCCCUGCUGCAGAUGCAGGGAUGGGGGGAGUGGGGCACCCCCUCUUCCCUCCUCCUGCCCCCCCAGAGGCCAGGCCUGCCGUGUGCUCUUGCUGUGCCUGUGUGUUGCUGUGUGGUUUCUCAUGCCCUGGGGGGGCCAGGGGGUGCGUGUUGUGUGCGGUGCGGUCAAGCCGUGUAACCCCGGGUGAUGAAUUAAAGCCAUGAGGUUUGAUUUC